CCCAAUCAGCUGAGCGUAACCAUCCGUGGGACCUGACUUAUCCGACCAGCCGCCCGCUUCCCGUACCCCACCCCUCAGGUCUAGACGCCCACCCACCCCACCUCCGAAACCGAGACCGUUGGACGCGCCAGUGGAUUAUGCCAGGCUACCUACUCUGGCCAGAGCCCAGCUUGCCGCCCCCGGUCGGGGUUUGACCCCGCUCCCACUGGUCCCAUUGGCAUGAGCUCGACCGAGUCGGAAGCGGGCUCGGCUCGGCCGGCCCUGGCGGUGGAUUCGAUGCUGGGCGCCUGGCCCAACCCGGGCCAUUCCGACGGCCAUUCCGACGGCCCCCCGGACCCGCCCACGGCGGAUUUGCGCCGAUCCACUGGCCCGGCCGAACAAAAUCUGACCAUCUCCUCGAAUACCGUCACCACGCCUAGUCUGUCGCCGGACCCUGAGCUGGAUUCCACCACCGCCCCGCUCGACCCGCCCCCCGAGGUGCCGUCAAUGGGUGGUCGACCCACGCCCGGGGAUUUCUUUCUGAGUUCCGCGCCCCUACUCGAUGCCCACCCGGACGACCCCUAUGAGGGCCCGUCUUCCGUGGAAGCGCAAGCCGAUUCCAACGACCUGGAUCUGUCCAAUCCCAGUCUGGACCUGGACUUGGAUGCCAUGAUCCCGGAGCCGUCAUUCCCGCUCAACGAGCAUCCAUCCGGUGGCGUGGUGGGCGAGGGCUUGGCCGUGGACCCGGAUUUCGUGCCCUAUUUCCCGUCUUUCCUACCUCAGAGUCACACCCACGAUGAACUAAAAGACUCGUUGUGGGAUAAUAAUGAAGACGUGCCCUCGGACUCAUCCCGUCCCGGCUUAGUGGGACUGCGGAAUGUGGGCAACACAUGCUUCUUGAAUUCGGGCUUGCAGUGUCUGCUGGCCUCGGCCCCGGUGGUGGAAUAUUUCGCCGAAUUCUUCACCCCUCAGAACAAUGUCAGAGAGAAGGAAGACUGUCCGAAAAGUUUGAGCACGGACUUUUCGGAUCUGCUCAAGCAAGUGUGGCAAGGGGAAUUCCAGAUGAUCAAGCCCCAGGUGUUCAAGGACGCCUUGGCCGAGAUCCAUCCGCAAUUCAAAGGCACUCAACAGCACGACUGUCAAGAAUUCUUGGCCCUUUUGCUCGACACGCUCCACGAGGAGCUCCGGGCCUCACGUGCGGCCUGUCAGGUCUUGAAUCAUGCCUCGGAAUGUGGCACCUCCAUGGAACUGCACACGUCUCACAGUCAGGACAAGCCCGAAAACACGGAAUGGAGUAGCGGGUCCGUCGAUCGCCCUCAUCAUCAUCAUCACCAUCAUCAUCAUAAUCAUCACCACCACCACCAUCCGAGUCAUCAUCAUCAUCAUUAUCAUCGACAUCGAGACAUCGGACACGGGGGUACCAAGGCCAAACGAUCCACGUGUACGCCGGUGGUUCUCGAGUCCGAGUUGGACGGUAAUGAAUCCCGAGAGUCCGGAUCGCCCAAGAGUUUUGACUCGCAUUCCUCAUCCAUUGACGAUAAAGUGGGUGCCAGUAUCCGGCAGAUGCCCAUUCCUCAUUCGCUCAAGGUGAACAAGGCCCCUGGGACCCUAGGUUUAAUCACUUCCUCGUCAUCCUCAUCGUUCUCAUCAUCCUCGUCGACCUCUUCGUCCACAACGAGCCAAACCAUUCCCGAAGAGCCAAUGGCCGUGGAAAUUGCUCAAGGAGAUCACCCGGCCGAAGAGGAUCUGGAUGAUGGGGAUGAAGACCAAAGUUUAGAAAUCGACGACAACAUGGACGGCUUUCAGCAACCCACUUCCAAUCUGGUUGCUCCGGACAGUCUGAAGAGGCCCAGUGUCACGUUUUCAGCCAUGGCAAGUAUGGCUGGCACCACCAAAACCAUGAUAAUGACCACGACCACGACCAAUAACCAGUUGCCCACUGGGAUUUCCAUUGACGACUACAUGAAGAAGGACAACAAGACCUUGAAUGUGAACGUCUUGGCCGAGACCAACGAAGACAUGAACAAUGAGAUCAAUUUCGAUUCGGAGAAGUUUUCUCGUCACCACGAGAAGCUCCGUCCCAAAGAGACCAUUGAAAACUUGAAUCUGUCCGAAACGCACUCGUUCGAUAAAAAGAUUCAUGGCAAGCGGUUCAAGGCCACAAAUCUAACCAAUCAGUCUGUGGUUUUGGAUUCUUCCUCCUCGGUCACUACUCCCAAUCUCGUCCAGGAAGGGACCAUCAAGCGGAUGCGUUUGGAUUCGAAUGAAAAGGAGAAGAACGUUCAAUUAGAACGCCAGCGGCAGCAACAGCACCAUGAUCAUCAUCACUACCUUCACAAUCCGGCUCGGUCUUGCUCGGACGGGGAUGAAUUGGAAGAUAUUGACGAUGAUGACGACGAUGAUGAUGACCGUGAUAUGGGGGACGAUAUGGGUGGAGCCUCGGCUUUGCCAUUGAGCCAUCAUCCAACCCUGGACCCGAGCCGAUUAAAAGAGGCCAUUGAAGCCGAUCGCUUCUGGGAAAAGCACCUGGCCGUAAACGACACCGUGGUGGCCCGCACUUUCCAAGGGCAAUUCAAAAACACCGUCAUCUGCUCGUCGUGUUCGUAUGUGUCGGUGAAUUUUGAGCCUUUCAUGUACCUGCCCGUGCCCUUGCCCGAUGCCCACAUACGACAGGUUCAGGUUCAUUUCAAGGGCGGGCUUCGAUAUCCCGGGGAUAGAUCCCUUUUGUUGGACAUGACUCAGGCGGAUGAUGUGGGUCACUUGAAGUCGAAAGUAGCCAAAUAUCUGAUAGACAGCGACGACAAGGAUUCGAAAUCGUGUGAUAUGUUGAACGCGCUGAGCCAAAAGUUGAACGUGGUCGAGGUCCUGGGCCAUCAUAUCUCGAGAAACCUCGAGGAUUGGUGUGCCUUAAGGCAUCUCAAAGAGGACCGAGACAUCUACGUGAUUGAGCCGCUGAAUCACGAGGACUUUCCGAAAACCCACUCGAACGAGCAGAAUGACCAUGAACAGAUGGACGACCAAGAUGAUGCCAUCACCUCCACGAGCAGCAUGGACACCACCUCGGAUGCCGACAAGGCCACCCAGGAUGAGCAGCCAGUGGUCACUUCCACCGAAUAUCAGAGUUGUGUCAUCUGCAUGGACGAUUUACCGCCCGACCAGGUUCGUCAACAUAACGUUUGCAACUUUGUUCUUUGCAACCCGUGUAUUGAGCGAAGUGUCGAGCACCAUGAUGGCGAAUCCGAUGUACCCAAAGGCCACAUCAAGUGUCCUGGAUGUCGAGAGAACGUUGAUCCCGAGCAGGAGUUCGUGUCUCCCAAUCAAUUGGGCAAAAGCAAGCCCAAAUUGCGUAUGUUCACCUUACCCGUUGUGAUGAGGCAAGUGGACAAUGAAGGUGGGGUCCGGUUGUUUGGACAGCCUUCCCAAUUGCACACCUCCAACCAAGUGAAGGCACGUGACCUCCAUCAAUGGAUGGCUCCCAUUGUCAAGCCGAUACCCGAGGGUCAGGCCGGCGAAUUCGAUUUAGUGAUUGUGGAUGUGACAGGCAAAAGUUGCGGGCGCUGCAUCUUCUCCACCCAUUGUCGGGGUUGUAUUCGGAUUCGUCGAGAUUCCGACGAGGAGGUGAUAUUGCAAUCCAAUGACACCAUUGCGGUGUCCUAUCGAGACGUGAGCGUCGAGAUCUUGGCGACUCUGUACCAAGUUGUUCAAGAUAAGUCACUACAAAGAGAGAGGAUGCAAUCCAAUCUGAGCUUGGAACAGUGCCUCAAGGCGUUUUCCGAGAGUGAGACGUUGGACGAGAACAAUCCCUGGUUUUGCCCCAUAUGUCAGAAGAACCAAUGCGCUACCAAAACGCUCUCAGUUUGGCGCCUCCCUGACUUCCUUAUCAUCUAUCUAAAGCGAUUUGUGUUCAUGAAUCAUACGCAAGGCGCAGUGAAACUCGAAAAGGCCGUCCAAUUCAAUGUGAACGACCUGGACCUCACUCCGCACUUGUCAGGUCCACUUCAGUCAGACUCUCCACCUCACUACGACCUCUACGCUUGUGUCAAUCACUUUGGGUCUGUGGGGGGAGGCCAUUAUACUGCCUUUUGUAAGCACUUGAAGAACAGGGAGUGGAACUACUUUGAUGAUUUCAACGUGACCGAGAAUAAACAACCUGGCGACAAUCCAUUGGAUGAAUCCUCGGCCUACAUACUUUUUUACGAGCGGCGAGGAGCCUCUGACAACUACCACAUUCCUUGCCCUGUGACGAAAGAUCCCUCGUUAACGACCUCGCCGGAUAGGAACGGUGGCGCUAAUCUUGAUAUUGAGGAGGAUACUACUAAGGAUGAGCAUGGGGGUAUGGUGGGGAUGAAGAGUGAGUCCAACAACCAGGCAAACCAAGGUGCCAUUACUAAUGACCUCAUAGACCUCCAGUCGAAUCCCGGUGGUUGGUCAACGUCCUCGGAGCAAAUCGUUCCCCAACCUGCACUGUAACAUUCGAAAGUGUUUGCUUGCUCCAUGUAGUAUUAUCAAAAUCACACGGCACGAGGAAGAUUUGUGUACCACCCGGGGCACCAACCAGUCCUAUCCAAUUUUCGAGUCCCAUUCAUCCAGUCAAUGUUUACAUAUUUAGAGAUAGAAUUCAUAGAACCACUUUCUGCAACGCCCCACCCCCCUCCCUUCCCAAGUCAUCUUUAAUACUGGCAACUUUUUCUACACCAAUAGACAUUGUUUGUGAAUUGAUCAGACCCUCCUUUCUAACAUUGGAACAAGAAUGCAUCUAGAGAUAUUGGACAUCACUUUUCCAUAGUUGUUGGGGCCCAAAGAGUGACCUGCUCCAGGUUUCGAAACUCGUCAUUUGUUCGGUGACCGGCCCAUCUCAUUUCUAAAUUGGUGGAGAGGGCCCUUGUCUCGGCAUUCUGAGGUCUCUGAUCAAAGAUAUGUUCUUUUGAAUACUGUGCUACUUCUACUUUUCCUAUAAUCCAAUGUAGAUCAAGGACAGAUGAAAUUUAAUGCCAAUCACACUCAAUAAAUGUGACCUUUCUUUUGAGCUAA